UUAAUAAAAAUAUACUCAUUCGAUGUGUUUUCACUCAAAAUGAAAAAUCUGACAAAAAAACGUGGCGGUCGGCCUCGUGUAUUGAGUUAUUAAGCGCUAAAAUCGGAGACUUUAGAGAAAUCAUGCCAGUGUGUAUAAAACAUUGUACUAGUCGUACGUCACAUAGUAAGACAAAAAAUGUGAAAUUUUUUCGAUUUCCAAAAGAAGCAAUUAGUCGUCAGCAAUGGCUCAAAGUCAGUCAAAGAACGAAAUUAAAUAUCAAAGUUGAUACGGCAAUAUGUAGUAAUCAUUUUGAUACUGAUUGUUUCGCAAUGGUAUGGACAAAACCAAGAUUGAAAAAUAUACUACCAGCCAGAAAAGUGCAACGAUUAAAAAAAGGUUGUAUUCCAACAAAAAUGUUAAUAUUAAAAAAGAAGAGGAAAAUACCAGAGAGUAAAGAAAAUAUAAAGAGGAAAGAAAAAAAUGUACCAACUGGAAUAUCAACAUACGCAAAAGUUCCUGGAUACCCAUAUGUAUACAAGAUAAAUACAAGAUAUAAACAAGAGAAGCAUCAUUUGCAGUCACAUAAAGAAAUUGUGCAACAUGUGAAAGCAGAAACUGCAAAAAAUGUACAAAAUACUAAUCUUGUAAAUAUUAAUAAUAUUAAAAAAGUUAAUAACUUUUUUAUAGAAGAAAUUUUACAACAUAAGGAUUUGAUAAAUGACACAACAAAUGUAGAGAUACUUGAAGAAGUUAAUAAUCAUGAUGUUUCAAUAAAAAAUGGAUCAAUGAAAAGGAAGGCCGGAUUAUUAUUAAGGAAGGCAUUAGAAAAAUUAGAAGAAGAAAGGCUAAACAAAAUAUUGGAACGAAAUAAAAAAAUGAAUAUGCAAAUUAAAGAGAUAUAUGCACGAGCGACACAGACAUUACAAGAAUUCAAAAUGUCAUGUUCAAUGGACAGGAAGAAGCAAGCCAACACAAUACCUAUCUAUAAAAGGAAAAUAUUGACACCAGGCCAAAUUGCAAAGUUGUCGACUAAGCGUCGCAUAGAAUGGUCAUACGAAGAUGAGGUAGACUAUGCAAUAUAUCUAAACUCAUUAAGCCCUAAAGUUUACAAAUACUUGACAAAAAAGAAAAUGCCAUUACCGUCUGUAAACACUUUGCAAAAUUGGAUUGAAAACAUUAAUUUAAAAAAUUAAUGAUGCAUCACAUCAGAAAGCAUUAUCAUAAACAUAAAUAUUUCAUAGAUUGUUCUAU